AAAUCUGGAGGUGGGAGCGAUGGGGAGAGGAAGGGCAGGAGCGUGAUGGGGCGCGGGGCCUGGGUAGCCCCCUCCCUCUCUCCUCUGUGCCCCUUCCCCCCACUCUCCCGGCCGCCCCCCCCUCCCAACCCCCCCGCCCCGCUCCCUCCCCUCCAGCCCCAGCCCCGCCCCUCGGUGCUCGCGCGCGCGGCAGGAAGUGCAGGGGCUCGAGCCGCCCGGCGGCCGCGAUGCAUUGUGGGACAGCAGCAGCACCAGACCCAAGAUGGCGGCCAGCAGGAGGCUGAUGAAGGAGCUCGAAGAAAUCCGCAAGUGUGGGAUGAAAAACUUCCGUAACAUCCAGGUUGAUGAAGCUAAUUUAUUGACUUGGCAAGGGCUCAUCGUUCCUGACAACCCUCCAUAUGACAAGGGAGCCUUCAGAAUCGAAAUCAACUUCCCAGCAGAGUAUCCAUUCAAACCACCUAAGAUCACUUUUAAAACAAAGAUUUACCACCCUAACAUCGAUGAAAAAGGGCAGGUCUGUCUGCCAGUAAUUAGUGCUGAAAACUGGAAGCCAGCAACCAAAACUGACCAAGUCAUCCAGUCCCUCAUAGCACUGGUGAACGACCCCCAGCCUGAGCACCCCCUUCGGGCUGACCUAGCUGAAGAGUACUCUAAGGACCGUAAAAAAUUCUGUAAGAACGCUGAAGAGUUUACAAAGAAAUAUGGGGAAAAGCGACCCGUGGACUAAAUCUUCCGUGAUUGAUUCCAACCAGGGCGAGCGGAGACCCGGAGCAUUUCCAACACCCCGCAACCAGGACUCUUUGGGAAAUUGACAGGGGCCACCUCCUGGCGUUAACUUGUGGCAGUUACUAACUUUCUACAGUUUUCUUAAUCAAAAGUGGUCUAGGUAAACCUGUAAAGAAAGGAUUAAAAAUUUAAGAUGUUCUAGUUCUGAUUUCUUUGUUUUAAAAAUCACUGCUUCAAUCUACCUUAAAGGAUGGUGUGUUCUUUUCUUGCCCAAAUCUCUCCCAAAUCUUCAGUUUCUCUUCAGGUUUAAAACAGAAAGUUAGUGAGUGGUGCACACUCCUCAUUCCCUCCCUUCCCCUUUGUAGGUCUUAUUUUAUUGAGUUCUUUUUAAUCACACUCCCUGUCCCCAGAACAAUGCCUUGGAACCCCCCAUUCAACCUCUUCCCUUUCCCCCCACCCCAAGCCCCGAAAGAACAUGGCCUAAUAUCCAGCAGUCCAAUUGCCUUCCCUCCCUGUGGCUCUAUGCUUUGUGAGAUCUGGGUUGUGACUUUGUAACCGCUGAGAAACCCAAAUGAGGAAGGAGCCUGGCUGUUGUGUAAAUCUGGCUGAUGUUAUCAAAAUGAUGUCGAUUAAAAGGGCAGAUCCCCUGUUGUCUGUGUGUGUGAUUGAAUUACAGCCUGGCUCCAGAGCCGCCCCAGGAGGGGAAGAGCUGUCAGCACUGUGCUGGUGCCUAUUUGUACUUGGGGUCUGCAGGCUGACUAGCCAGGUUGGAAGCAGCUUUUGCAAUGGGCUGAGCAGGGUCCUACACCGCCUCUUCUCCUGUUAAAUGCAUACUGAUACCAUGUGACAGUGGAAGCUCACAUUGUUUUCCAUCAGAGUAUAGAACUUUGUAUCAGAAUGGACUGGAAAUUUUUGGCUAAGCCCCUCCCCUUGUCCCCACUGUUGAAUUCUUUCAUUAUCUUAGAGAAAGAAAUUUGAGUUUGGGAUUCUGCUUCUAACACCUAAAGGUGUCACUGGUCCAGGUCAGGGUCAUCACCCUUCCUCCCCCCAGUCCCUUUUUUAGAGUCAUUUAGAAGGGCCUCUCUGGACAAGGGUGGCUUCUCUUUCCUUUGCCCCCUCCCCCUGGGUGAGGCAGCCUUCAACUGGGAAGAUCUUUUGCUACCCCUUAAGGAUGGUUGUUUGGGUUUUGUUUUUUCAUGUUGUAAGCAUUUUGACUGCUUUUUUUGGUAGAAAUAAAAAGUGAUUAUAGAUUUGCAAUCAUAUGGAAUUAAAAGGAUUAAAAUGUUACUGUCUCUUAAAAUAAAUAAAUAGUCGUUCUCCCCCCACCCCCAAAUAAAUCAGUAAGUGAGAUGCUAGAAAAUAUCCAUUGUUGAUACCCAGAUACUUGCUGUGGUAAAUUCUGGUGAUGUAAGAUUGACUUACUUUCUCAGUUCUUAAAAUCUUGUUCCAAAUGAUCUCAAAUCUUUAGCCUAAUCUAGUUGCUGAGGAGGGCUAGGCCAUGGAGGAAGGGAUGAUUCAAGAGUUUAACAUUUUUCUCCCCGGGGCAUUGAGACAUGUAGGGGACUCUGCUUUUUGUCUGUGCAAAAGUGGGAGGUUUAUGAAGUUUUCAUUUGUCAGUGACCACGUUGCUGGCCUGUAAAUAUCCCCAGCUUCUUCAGCCCUCUCCAGGAAAUGGGGUGCCCAGCUGCAUUUGGGGGAUGCCGUGUUUUCAGAGGGUGGAGGGGCACCCAUCAUCAACACAACCACCACUGUCUCUUCAUUUGCUGAAAAUUGGUACGGACUUUGUUUCCCGACUUCUUUGGAUUUGUAAUAAAAUGCCAGAUUCUGUCAAACAAAAGCGUGUUUACCUCCUACAUCAGACCAAGCCACUGUCUGUCCUGUUAUUGCCUCUGAACGGGAAAUGUUUGCCGUUCUUGGAAACUGUCUAGUCCUUUCCUCUUUUGAUAACACUUGCUUCUCUCUCAUAGUAUUUAGACUUUUCUGACUGUCAGCCUCUCAGGUUAAUGCCAUUGAGAGGGAACCUCCGCGGCCAGGCACUUGGAAAGUGUGUGGAUGUGAGCCGCCUGGAUGCUGUUCUGGGCCACCAGGUGGGCGACUGAUGUAGAGCAGUGGGUUUUGUUGUUUGCCUCCCAAGCUGUGGCUUUUGUGUAAAGAGCUAAUGAGGGGAAGUUGUGCAAGGGGGUGGGGGGUGGGGGGAGAAGCUUCUGCCAUAGUGAGAACCAAAUGGAUGUGUGUGAUGGUGGAUGAGGAGGUGCUGACUGUCCUUGGAUCACUCAGGACUUCACUCCUGCUCCUUAACUGUUCCCUGACAAUGUGCUGAAUUCUCAGCAUCCUUCCCCUUCCCCAAACUACAGCAUACUCUACCCUCCCCCCACCACCACCACCUCGUUGUGGUAUAGACUUUCUAAGGUUCUGCAAUUCCAUUCUGCUACCCUAAAUAAAAAUGCUCUCAAAGGUUU